AUGAAGAAGGAGGUCUACCAAAGCUCGGCCCUUCAGAGGAGACAUGAUCCAGUGUCGCUGCCUGUAUCAGCAAAACCUUGGGCCGAUCUGACCAAAUUCACCGUUUUCAGCAUCCCGAUCAUCCUCAUUCUUUCUGUCAAGGGGAUCAUAAAACCAGGGAUGGUCGGUGCAGAGCGUUUUCCAGCCGUCCUUUCCACUAAUCUCCCUGUGGCCUUUGGCUGGGGUGCCACACUGCCUCUUAUGCUAUUACCACAGGUAAUGGCAUUCGUUUUGAUUGGCUGGUGGAACAAUCUCGACACCUUUUACAGUGCGAGACAGCCUUGGGCCGGCCUCAUGGUUCCGGCUCUUGUGCAGAAGAGCCUCACCUUCAACUAUAUGGACUGUAGAUGGCGGCUGUGGAAGGCUCUCGCGAACAGACAUUACCAUAUCGCCCUGUUGAGCAUCGGAUCUGGUCUGAGUUUUCUGCUCCCCGUACCCACCGCCAAUAUCCUCCGCCUCAAGGCAGGAUCACGUCAGAACGAUGUGCUCAAGGGAAUCUAG